AUGACUCAAGUAAAAAAAAUUUGCUGCCUUGGUGCUGGUUAUGUUGGCGGACCUACAUGUGCGGUCAUCGCUUACAAAUGUCCGAAUAUUAAAGUGACCAUUGUUGAUUUGAAUCCUGCUCGCAUUGCAGCUUGGAAUUCUGAUAAAUUACCAAUUUAUGAGCCAGGUCUUGAUGAGAUUGUAUUUGCACGUCGUAAUGAAAAUUUAUUCUUUACAACCGAUGUAGAAAAGGCCGUCAUAGAAGCAGAUUUGAUUUUUGUUUCAGUAAAUACUCCAACAAAAAAAACUGGUCUAGGCGCUGGUUAUGCUGCUGACCUUGCUUAUGUCGAGUCAGCUACAAGACAGAUUGCAGACGUGGCAAGAAGUUCAAAAAUUGUAGUUGAAAAAUCUACUGUACCAUGUCGUACAGCAGAAAGUAUGAGAACAAUUUUAGAAGCAAACUCCAGGGAUGGUAUUCAUUUUGACAUACUAUCGAAUCCUGAAUUUCUUGCUGAGGGUACUGCAAUUAAUGAUUUAUUAAAUCCUGAUCGUGUUUUAAUCGGUGGUUUACAAACACCCGAAGGAACAAAGGCUCAAAAGGCUUUGGUAGAAGUAUAUGCUAAUUGGGUUCCUACUGAACGUAUCAUUACAACUAAUUUAUGGUCAUCUGAACUUUCAAAAUUGGCAGCAAAUGCUUUAUUAGCUCAACGUAUAUCAUCAAUUAAUGCAUUGUCUGCAAUUUGUGAAGCAACAGGUGCUGAUAUUGAUGAAGUUGCAUAUGCUUGUGGAAAAGAUGUACGCAUUGGUCCAAGAUUUUUAAAGGCAUCAGUUGGAUUUGGUGGAAGUUGUUUUCAGAAAGAUAUAUUGAAUCUGGUUUAUCUAUCUGAGCAACUAAAUCUUCCUGAAGUUGCUGCCUAUUGGAAAACUGUUGUCGAUCUAAACGAAUAUCAGAAAAACCGAUUUAUUUCACAAAUCAUCAAAACAUUGUUCAACACCAUUACCUACAAAAAAAUUGCAUUGCUUGGUUUUGCAUUUAAAAAAGAUACCGGUGAUACCAGAGAGUCUGCUGCCAUCACUUUAUGUAAAGCUUUUAUUCAAGAAAAAGCCAAAGUUCAUAUUUAUGAUCCAAAAGUUAGCGAAGAACAAAUUCAUCUUGAUUUGACUGAACCUGGUGUUGUCAAUAAUAUCAAUGAAGUAAAGAAAUCUAUCACUAUUAGCAAAACAGCUUAUGAAGCAUCUGAAGAUGCUGAUGCCAUAGUUAUUACAACUGAAUGGGAUGAAUUUAAGACAUUGGAUUAUAAAAGAAUCUAUUCAAAAAUGCAUAAACCAGCUUUCAUUUUUGAUGGUCGUCUUAUUCUUGAUGCCGAGAAAUUAAAUUCUAUUGGUUUUAAAGUAUUCACCAUUGGUAAAGCUAAUAAAUAA